GCAUUUUUUGCUUGCCCAUCCAUGUGCAUUCGAAGACAAAAUGGCUUCUGCAAGUCGAAGUCGUCCAAAUAUUCUUCUAACUGGUACCCCAGGGACAGGAAAGAGCGUCACAGGAAUUGAGCUAUCACAAAGAACAGGACUUAAUUACAUUAAUAUCGGAGAAAUAGCGAAAGAAAAUGAUUUAUUUGAGGGCUGGGAUGAUGAACUCGAGUGCCAUGUUCUCGACGAAGACAAGGUCAUAGAUGAAAUGGAAGAUAUCAUGUCUGAUGGUGGAAAUAUUGUUGACUAUCAUGGCUGUGAGUUUUUUCCUGAACGGUGGUUUGACAUUGUAUUUGUACUAAGGACAGACAACACAGUUCUUUAUGAUAGACUUCAGCAAAGAGGUUAUACAGAAAAAAAGCUUACAAAUAAUGUUGAGUGUGAAAUUUUCCAAACAAUAUUAGAAGAAGCAAAAGAAAGUUACAAAAAAGAAAUAGUACAUGAAUUACCCAGCAACACAUCAGAAGACCUUGAAAGAAACUUAGAGCAAAUAGAACAAUGGGUGCAGCAAUGGAGAGGUUAAAGACA